AUGGAGGACCCAGUUGAUCCUGUUGACCCUGCAUUUGCUGACCCCGCAGAUUUCGAGAUGGAGUUUGACGACCCGGAGCCUGCUGUGGCCCCCGACCCGGUAGUUGUUCUAGAUCCCGUGUUCGAGCAUGACCCUAUUCAUGCUGAUAUACCCAUUGUUGAUCCUUUGAUUGCUGAUAUACCUAUCGAUGAUCACCCUAUUGUUGCUCCACUAUUGGAGGAUGAGCAUGCUGUUGAUGCUCAAGUUGAUGCCCCUCACAUUGCUGAUAUACCCGCUGAUCCUGUUGUUGUUGCUCCUUUUCCUGACCCAGUGCCUCUAGAGCCCGACCAUGCACUCUUUGCGACUCAUGUCGACCCUCAGUAUGCGCACACCCGGAAUGGAUGGAUAGAGGACGAUGAUGAUUUUCCACCUUUUGUGGUACCAGUCACACCUGUUCCAGCACCUGCUUCAGCUCCUUUUGAUGCACCCUUGUUUCCCACCCUCACUUCUGAUGCUCACCGCACAGAUCUGCCCAUCACAUUUCUCCAGGAGAUCCCUCCGCCACGUCCUGGAGAGGGCUCUUCUCGUCAGCCUUUCGGCCAUGCACCUUUUCUGACUGGAGGAGAUCAGUUUGCACCGCAGAUCCCUCACCAUACUACUGUUCCCCCAAUUUCACCGUUUACUGUGCCACCUUUUACUCCAGCUAGUGAGUCUUUUCUUUGGACAUCACCACCCAUCAUGCCACCAUCGGAUCCUUAUCAUCCUUUUCACAUGGGUUUUUCUGUAGAGGACAUUCUCAGGUCAUUUAUGAUCCAGCAGGAGGCACUUACGCGUCGCGUACAGGACCUCGAGAGAGCACAGCGACCCCCAUGCCAGUGCCCUCCUCAUCCUGCGAUAUCACAUCCCCCUCGACCAUUAUCUCCUGAUUCGGCUGCUCGUUUUUGGACUCAGGAGCAGCAUAUUGCUUAUUUGUUACGUUCUCACCGAGCCAUGGAGGAGGAUUGGCUCCACAUGCGCCGUUUGUUCUAUUCUCAUUUUCCCCCUCCUCCACCGCCAUCAGCGUAG